AUGGCGAAAUUAAAAAUAAAGAAGACUAAAAAACAAGUCAAACAAGCUCCUGAAAAACCCAAAGAAGAAAAUGAAGUCGUGCUACCUGCCGUCCGAUCUUCUGAUGAGCCAACUCCUAAACAGGCAAAAUGGAUUAAUAGACAAAGGGUUUUAGUAUUUGCUGCACGUAGUAUAAAUCAUCGUCAUCGGCAUUUAAUGGAGGAUUUAAAAAAGCUGAUGCCGCACCAUAAAACCGAAUCUAAAAUGGAAAGAAGCAAGAACUUGUAUGUGGUAAAUGAAAUCAGUGAAAUGAAGAAUUGCAACAAAUGCAUACUCUUUGAAGGGAGAAAAAUGAGGGAUUUAUAUGUAUGGUUUUCCAACAUUCCUAAUGGACCUAGUGCAAAAUUUUUAGUUGAAAACAUUUACACUAUGGGAGAGCUGAAAAUGACAGGCAACUGCCUAAAAGGCUCCAGGCCGUUGUUAUCCUUUGACCCACAGUUUACAAAAGACCCCCAUUAUAGUCUUUUAAAGGAACUCCUAACACAAAUAUUUGGAGUUCCAAAACAUCAUCCCAAGAGUCAACCAUUCUUUGAUCACGUUUAUACAUUCAUGAUUCUUGACAAUCGCAUUUGGUUUAGAAAUUACCAAAUACUCUCUGAAGAUGGAGCUUUAGCUGAAAUUGGACCUCGAUUUGUACUCAAUCCAACCAAAAUAUUUUCUGGAUCAUUUGGGGGUACAACAUUAUGGGAGAACCCUAAAUAUGUUAGUCCAGCAAAACUGCGACAAGCAUUUUCAAAGAAAGCUGCUAACAAGUAUGAGAGAAGAAUUGAGAAGAAAGUAAUGAAUGAGGCUACUAGGCCGGAAACUGGCUAUCCUGACAUUGAAGGAGCUGACUUCUUCAAGGGAGAUCCUUUGAAGAAAGCUGAAGAUGCUGUUAUUGAAGAGGAAAUAAAGCAAGAAGAUGUAUCAAUGGACGAAGAAGGUGAAAAUGAAGUUCCAUCUAAACCAAUAGUUAGUAUGAAAAAAUCAACAAGUCGUCCUGAAAAAACAAUCAGACGUAAACAACUCAAAGCCAAGAGCAAAUCAAUAUCUGAUCAAAUAAAGAAGAGGAAACAGAUCAAGAAGAAAAAACCUACAAAGAAAUAA